CCGUGCUGUUGCGUUACAUGCGCGUGAGUAACGAGCCCGACGCUGACGAGCGGCGGUGCGUCUUGGAGAGGGCAGGCACGCCGGAGACGCGUAACGGCAGCCGCGCAGUCGGGCUGGAGCCACUGGCUGAGAUCAUUCGCCACAACGCAACCCCGAGCGCCGACUGUCUGCACGCAUUGUGGGAUACAUGUCGACGAGCUCCGUUUCCCCGAAAUCUUCCUAAACCAGCGAUGGCCCCCCUCCCCGACCCCCUGCAAAGCCACAAACGCGUCGGAUGAGGGAUAUCGGAGAUGCUGCGCACCACGGCCGAGAUGCCGGAGUUGUUUUGAAGAGGACUGUGGGUGUGUGCGCGUCGGGCUCGCCGUUACCUCCGGACUGCACGCGCCAACUUUUCCCGCUUUCCAUCAAGUCAUGUCUGAUACAGAGCGAUGGGCAAGUUUGACGACAACGAGAGGAUAAUCCUCAACGUCGGGGGCACCAGGCACGAGACCUACAAAACCACCCUAAAGACCCUGCCGGGGACGCGACUGGCCCUGCUCGCCUCCGACUCGGACUUAGACUCCGUGCUGGAUCAGCUGCAACAAGUCCCCGGCUUCAUCGAGUACAACGCGCGGACCAAUGAGUACUUCUUCGACCGCCACCCGGGCGUCUUCGCCUACGUGCUCAACUACUACCGCACCGGGAAGCUCCACUGCCCGGCGGAUGUGUGCGGACCGCUGUUCGAGGAAGAGCUCUCCUUCUGGGGCAUCGACGAGACGGACGUGGAGCCCUGCUGCUGGAUGACUUACCGGCAGCACCGGGACGCGGAGGAGGCGCUGGACGUGUUCGAGCUCAACGUGGACACCGGGGAGGACGACGAGGAGACGGGGAAGAGGCUCGGCAUCGAGGACGUGGCCGCCGACGGUAAUGUCAGCCUGUGGAGGAAGUGGCAGCCCGUGAUCUGGAAUCUAUUCGAGGACCCCUACUCCUCACGGGCAGCGAGGUUUAUAGCCUUUGCCUCGCUGUUCUUCAUCCUGGUCUCCAUCACCACCUUCUGCCUGGAGACUCACGAGGCCUUCAACACCAUCAUCAACAAGACCGGUCUGAACAGUAGCGUGCCCGACUCGGGCCCGCAGUACGAGAUCGAAACUGACCCCGCGCUCACCUACGUGGAGGGCGUGUGCGUCUUCUGGUUCACCAUUGAGUUCCUGGUGCGUGUGACCUUCUGCCCGGUGAAGCUGGAGUUCAUCAAGAGCGUUCUCAACAUCAUUGACUUCGUGGCCAUCCUGCCUUUCUACUUGGAGGUAGGGCUGAGUGGCCUUUCUUCGAAGGCUGCCAAGGAUGUGUUGGGUUUCCUCAGGGUGGUGCGCUUUGUCCGGAUCCUGCGUAUCUUCAAGCUAACGCGUCAUUUUGUGGGACUGAGGGUGCUGGGCCACACGUUACGGGCCAGCACUAAUGAAUUCCUGCUGCUCAUCAUCUUCCUGGCGUUGGGAGUGUUAAUUUUCGCCACCAUGAUCUACUACGCCGAACGAAUCGGCGCCAUGCCCAACGACCCCACCGGUAGCCUCCACACCGAUUUCAAGAACAUCCCCAUUGGCUUCUGGUGGGCCGUGGUAACCAUGACAACGCUGGGCUAUGGCGACAUGUAUCCAAAGACCUGGUCGGGCAUGGUCGUGGGCGCGUUGUGCGCCUUGGCAGGCGUGUUGACGAUAGCCAUGCCCGUUCCCGUCAUCGUCAAUAACUUCGGGAUGUACUACUCCCUCGCCAUGGCCAAGCAGAAGCUGCCCAAGAAGAGGAAGAAGCACAUCCCCCAGGCGGUGCUGGGGGGGUCCCCCAUCUACUGCAAAGUCGACGUCAACACCACCUGCAACAGCACUCAAGGUGACCUGUGCCAUGUCAAAGGAAGUAGGGUGCUAGAACGCAACCGCUCAGUUCUGUCAGCAGACUGCAGCGGGGGCAGUGACCUGACCAUGUCUCCAGAGGACAGGGUCCCCAUGCGGAGGUCCAGCACCCGGGAACAGGACGGCCGCAGCGGCGGCACGUGCUUCCUGCUCGCUGCCAGCGACUACACCUGCCCUGCAGACGGAGUGAUGCGGACAACAGGCUAUGAGAAAUCCCGGAGCUUGAACAACAUAGCGGGCAUGGCUGGUAACGCCCUGAGGUUGUCCCCCGCGACCUCGCCCUACGGAUCGCCCUGCCCGCUGCGCCGCUCCCGCUCCCCCAUCCCCUCCAUCCUGUGAGACGUCCGGCCCCCGGGCCACUCUGGCCUAAAGCAUCCCAAAAACCAACCCACUUCCUUCUGGUGUAGAAUCUGAACUCUGUUCUAGAUAUUGUGACCGGUGGAGGAGUACUCACCUUUGUAGCUAAGACCAAUGUCCGAGGCUCGGGCAUCCUGAGCAACGUUCCCCCUGGUCCUUGGAGCUAGAUGUGCUAAGCUAACACCCUGGAGUCACUUUGGGGGCUCGAUAUCGUCGUUCUUUGAGACUUGCAAUAAAAGAACUCGGACCGCUGGCUCCAGAAGUAGCAGCCGCACACUUUAUUAAGAGGACACAUGAAUAAUCAGGGAUAUUAGAUGUUGCUAUAUUUAGAUACCUUGAAAAAGACGUGCUUCCAAAAAAGAAAGCGAGCGAGAUGUCUCUUCAUUUUAACCUCAUACGACUGUGACUUCGUCUGUGGUUUGCUACUUUUAUUUCGUGUGUUGGGGGGAGUUCAGUCUGUCUCUCUUCACCUGCUGCUGGGCGUGCUCAUGUGUUUGCAUGGAUCAUCCUGUAACCAUCGUCUGCAAGCAGUAUGGCACGGGGACAAGGGCCCAGGCAGACAAUGAGGAUAUAUAUAUCUAUAUAUCUAUAUAUAUAUAGAUAUAUAUGAACGCCAGCGGGGGGGUUAGCUCUCUCCGCAUGUUGUUUUUUGUCUGCUUCUGUUUCCGAGUAACUUUCUCUCCAGCUCCUUCGUGUUUUUCCUCUUCUUUGACGCGGCGCCACCAAAGCCGUUGUGUCUCUGAUUGUCUGCUCACAGAUGACUGCAGAGAGGUUGUCUUUACUGGUUUCACACAAGCAGAGAGCAGCGUGCUAUCUUAAUGGCUCGGGGGGGGGGGGGAGACGCCGCCACCCUGGCGGAAAGGUAACCUUUCCCACCGGGUGUGAGGGUCCGACCGCGGUGCGGGACCCUCACCCCCUUUCUGUCAUCCAUUAAGAUGUGUGUGUUUAUGUGGAUGUGUACUAAAACCGGGGGUUAUUUAAUAAUCCUAAGGGGAGACACUUGUGAUGUUAAUGGGACAAUGAAGUGUGCUGCUUGUAGCAUUUUAAUCAGUCAACACAUAAUAUUGAAACAUAUGUAUAAUUAGUGGAAACAAAUGACACCAUUGUUGAGGAGAAAACUGCAUUUUGCAUCACGUACCACCCGAUUUGGUUGGAAAUUUGCCCAUUUGAGCAGAUUUUGUUUGUUGCAACAGCCCUUUUUUUCCAUUUCUGCUCUUUUAACUGCACAGUUUCACGUUGUCAGCCAUCACUACGGGCUAGUACCCGCUCUCGGUUCCCUGGUACCCGCUCUCGGGUCCCUGGACCAGACACACUUCCCAGUUCUCAUAUCAAAUCUCAUAUUAAAACCGUCAGUUAGUCAUUCCCUAUAUUUCCUUUUCUCUUGCUUCUGUGCAGCAACAGGUGUGGGACAGCAGACAUCAGCGUGCAGCCAUGUGCCUCACCCAUCCCCACAGUAUGUCUGUACCAGUAGCAGAUGGUUGCUUAGCAACUGGCUCACACGUCGCUUGGCAAAAAGUCAAACAAUUAGAAAAGAAGAGCUCUUUUCAAACAUUUAGCUUUGUCUGCACACCGAAUUAUUAAAUCACCCCCAUCUAGACCACUGCAAUAUCCAAUAGAGCUUUGAUAAUGCUCAGUAUAAGCUGAAAGAGCACCAGAGAUUUGUACCAUGUUCUCAUUUUUUUUGUGCAUAUUUUGACACAUUUUGGCAAGUUCAGACAAAGCCAGAUUAUGCAUUUGUGGUAUUUAGAGAUGUGUUUAUGUUUCAUUUAGAUGAUUCUUUUCCUGUUUGAAUGACGGGACCCAUUGCGGUGGGAGGAGCCCGUUCGGAGCCACGAGGCCACUCCUGCAGGACAAUGUGUACAAGAGGGCACGCAGAAACCACCGACAGACCCCCGUCCAGCCGCUGGCUCCGUGCACCAGGAAGGAACUCAAGGAACAAAAGGGAAACCUGGGAGGACUUUGAUAAGCAUUCACCUUUUCCUGAGUUCUUUUUCUCUUUGUCCUGUUGUGGAAUUGUGGAAGUAAAAAAAGCAAACUGGACACGUCCUUAAAAGAGACUGUCGACUGUAUAGAUAAAGCUCCUGUAAAAAAAGACAAUAACGCAGCACAUCUGGGCCAAGCGGUUCCGUCCACACAUCUGUCUCACGGUGGCGAGCCAGGUAACGAGGCGGUUGGUUGCUACGUUGCACCGUGACACUCGACGUCGAUCACUUUUCUUGCUGUGGUAUCCCUCCUCGCAAUAAGUGUAUUAAGAUGUAUCAGUUUGAGGCACUUUGUGUUC